GAAGCGACACAAAGAAAAGGGAGGGGGGGCAGAAAGGAGGGAAUCCCGCUGACAUCACUGCUCAUUAGCAUGUGUGACCUCAUCAGGGGGUGGGACAAUUUCCCCAGGUGUCUAGGGGGGAGGGCAUGUGUGUGUGUGUCGGGGGGGGGGGGUGGUAUUUAAAGGGAAAAGCUGACAGUGCUGCUGAGUGAGGGAGAGGGUGCUGCGAGCUGCUGGGCUGCACACGCACACGCACACUGAUGCACACGGACCUGGACACAGACAUGGACAUGGACACAGAAACCACAGCACUCUGCCCCUCUGGCAGCCGCCAGGCCUCCCCUCCAGGGACGCCCACACCAGAAGCAGAUGCCACGCUACUAAAGAAGUCAGAGAAACUGUUGGCAGAGUUGGACCGGAGCGGGUUACCCUCUGCCCCUGGGGCCCCCAGACGAAGAGGCAGUAUGCCUGUCCCCUACAAGCACCAGCUCCGGCGGGCCCAGGCUGUAGAUGAACUUGACUGGCCACCUCAGGCCUCAUCCUCUGGCUCGUCUGACUCCUUGGGCUCAGGGGAGGCAGCCCCUGCUCAAAAGGAUGGCAUCUUCAAGGUCAUGCUAGUGGGGGAGAGCGGCGUGGGCAAGAGCACCCUAGCAGGCACUUUUGGUGGUCUCCAGGGAGAUAGUGCUCAUGAACCGGAGAACCCAGCAGAGGAUACCUAUGAGAGACGCAUCAUGGUGGAUAAGGAGGAAGUGACUCUAGUCGUUUAUGACAUCUGGGAACAGGGGGAUGCAGGAGGGUGGCUGCGGGACCACUGCCUUCAGACCGGGGACGCCUUUCUCAUCGUCUUCUCAGUCACCGACCGACGGAGUUUCUCCAAAGUUCCAGAGACCCUACUUCGGCUCCGGGCUGGGAGGCCGCACCACGACCUACCCGUUAUCCUCGUUGGAAACAAGAGCGACUUGGCCCGCUCCCGGGAGGUAUCACUGGAGGAGGGCCGCCACCUGGCCGGGACGCUGAGCUGCAAGCACAUCGAGACGUCGGCCGCACUGCACCACAACACGAGGGAGCUCUUCGAGGGCGCGGUGCGCCAGAUCCGGCUGCGGCGGGGCCGAAACCACGCCGGAGGCCAGAGGCCGGAUCCGGGCAGCCCCGAGGGCUCUGCGCCACCUGCACGCCGCGAGAGCCUCACCAAGAAAGCCAAGAGGUUCCUCGCCAACCUGGUGCCGCGCAACGCCAAGUUCUUCAAGCAGCGCUCCAGGUCGUGUCACGACCUCUCGGUGCUCUGAGCCGCGGUCUCCAUGGCCACUGCGGUCGCCAUGGUCACCGCGCCCUCCGCUCGCCCCCUCGCCCCGCCCCGCCCCGCCCCCGUCCGGCUUCCUUGGUGGAGGCCGUCUAGGAAACCAAAAACUCCCAGGAUGCCCCGGUGUGACCGCCGGGGGCGGCCCGGGGCCGCUAGGCGGCAUCUCCACACCCGCCCCCACGCGUUCUCUGGACCUUUGGGCCUCAGGGCGCCUAGAAGGCGAGGACGCAGACCUGAAGGCGGCCGGUGAGCGGGGCGGGUUCUGCUGGGUCGGGAAGAAAAAUAAUUCUGCAAGGUAUUUUGUUUUUUAUUAAUUCGCGCUUGGCCACCUCAUCUGUAAAGAGAUUCUAAAAGCAAGAUCUGGAAAAGUGCUUCGUAGACUCCUUGACGGAGUUUGCCUCCUUUGUACGCUGCGUGAACAUGCCUCACCUUUAAGAGAGUCUUAAAGGUAAAGACACGGAAACACUUCCUCCAGGGACCUUCCCGAAAACGUUCUGGCUCUCAUCUGGUGCGGCAUGUGUCCACUUUGCCUUUAAGGAGUUCUUAAAGGCAAGGGCCUGGAAGUGCUGUUCCUGAGAUGGAUUCUCUUGACUUACCAGUCCACCACGGCACUUCCCCUUUAAGGUUAUUAAAGGUAAGGGGUGGACAGACUUUCUGCAUUCAGAUGCUGAGCAGUGGCAACCCCUUUUGGCCAGGGCCAGGGGGGCACCAGCAAGGGGCCACCCUUUCCCUUUUCAAUAAAGAAUUUUUGUACUGCCUCUGUUCA